GAAAAUAAAAACAUAAAUUAAGCGAAAAAAAAAUUAUUUGGGACAAAAUUAAGUAAUGGCACUUUUUAAGAAUUUUCAGCUCCUAUUGUGAAUGGUUAGAAUCGGUGCUGUUGGUAGAGAACGUAAUCGGACCUUCUCUAUAUUAUACAUUGUCUGCUCUUGGGCGGCCAUUGUUAAAAAUUGGUGGUAAAACACACAACAACAAUAAACUUAACACAGAAAAUGAAGAUGCCGAACGGACGAAAAACAGAAACAGACUGAAAGUAGAUUGAGCUAAACGAAGAGAAGGCUGGAAGAAAAUAUAAAAACCACAUCAAAGCGAAAAUCUCCUGGUUUUGGUGACGAAUCAUAUAUAGAACGCAUUACUUUCCAUUGUUUCCAAAUGCAUUGAGAUUAAACGAGCAACAAAGUGAUUUUCAGUAAAUAUUAAAAGCAUAUGACGAAAGGAACGUUUCAGUAGCAUAUUUACGUGAAAAGUCAUUGUGUGGUUGAGCAAGAAACAAAAGCAUUGAUUGCAAUUACAACUUACCAACUGGUAAAGAAAAGUAUAAAGUUCAACAAAAAAAAAAACUAAAAAGUAGCAUAAAUAUGAAGAUAACGGUAACUACUUUGACGGAUAGCGUGUUUUUCUUGGACGUUUCCGAAGAACUGGAGUUGGAGAACUUCAAGGCAUUUUGUGAAGUAGAAUCUGGAAUACCCAUAUCUCAGAUAGUUCUUGUUUACAAUGGUGCGCCAUUGCUGGAUGAUAAAAAGCCGCUAAAAUAUUUCGGUAUCACAGAUGGUGACUGUGUAAUAUUACAAAGUUUGCCAGUCGGUCGUAGCAUAGGUGCUCCAGCGGUCGGUAGCCUAGGUAAUAUCCUAGGAACCGGUGCUGGGGGUGGCAGUAGUUCGGGUCUGGCACCAGGAUAUCGUCCUGCACCUAGCGACAUGGAUUACUCAGAUUCCGAUGAAUUUAAUGUCAACUACGAUGAUGACCCAGCUGCAGUGCGUACAAUGUUACUUUCAAAUCCUGAGUCACUGUCACUGUUGAAACAGAACAAUCCGAAACUGGCCGAUGCAUUGCUAUCAGGAAAUUUGGAAACGUUUUCGAAGGUGUUGCGCGAACAAAUUGAUCUUAGAAAACAGCGACAAUUGCAACGUUUACGCAUGUUGAAUGCUGAUCCCUUUGAUGAAGAGGCACAACGACUAAUUGCUGAGGAAAUUAAGCAGAAAAAUAUACAAGAUAAUAUGGCUGCAGCCAUUGAAUACAACCCAGAGAUCUUUGGCACCGUAACCAUGUUAUACAUUAAUUGCAAAGUAAAUGGCGUUUCAGUGAAAGCAUUCGUUGAUUCCGGUGCUCAAACUACAAUAAUGAGUGCAGCAUGCGCAGAGCGCUGCAAUUUAAACCGACUUAUCGAUACUAGGUGGAAUGGCGUUGCUAAAGGUGUUGGCACGCAACGCAUUAUUGGUCGGAUACAUAUGGUCCAGUUGCAGAUCGGGAACGAUCAUUUAACAUCGAGCUUUUCAGUUUUGGAGAAACAAGGAAUGGAUAUGUUGCUGGGCCUCGACAUGCUGAAACGUCAUCAGUGCAAUAUUGAUUUGCAGCGAAAUGUGCUGCGUAUUGGCACUACUGGCACAGAAACGCCAUUCUUACCCGAAAACGAGUUGCCCGAUUGUGCACGUCUCACCGGCAAUUCAGAGGAGGAAUUAAAGUUGUUGGAACAAUCAGCUAGUGAUGCUGAGUCACGCGCCAUACAACAAGCUAUCGAACAAAGCAAGCAAGAUGCUGCUUCAACUUCGAAGAGAUCUCAAGGUGGUACAGCUGACGAUGUUUCGUCUAAUGACAGUUUUUCUGAAAGUGACGUCACCGAUUUGGUAAAACUUGGUUACAAUCGUACAAAUGUGAUUGCUGAAUUGCGUCGUCAUAAUGGUAAUAAAACACAAGCAACUGCCGCGCUCAUUGCCAAGUCGUUGAGAUUUUGAGAAGACGUUGGCGUCGUCAGCACUGUCGCCGCCCUGAACACUAAUAGAAGAAGCAACAAUAAAAUUAAACGAUAUACCUAAUUCUAAGCAAAAAAUAUUAAAAUUUAGCGAUUUAUCCAUGCCACAAUUUUCCACAUACAUACAUAGUAUAUACACUUACAUACGUAUAUAAAUGUAAGUUUUUGCGCAAAAAUAUCGUCUGCUGACAAAAUAAUGAUACGAAUUACAAACAGCGACAACAAUUAUAAAUAAGGCGUACGCUUUAAUAAUGAAUUAAGCCUACCAUAACAUUCAAACUACCUCAGGCUAGAGCAUUUCUUAUUUUAUACACACGGCAAUGGACAAGGAAUGUGGCGGAUUUGUGGGCAAACAUCAUCAUAUACAUAUGCAUAAAAGUUGGAACCGAUAAAACCCACACACCCGAUAAAAUAAACAAAGGAAACAGCAGUAAAGGUCGACAUUUCAUUGAAAUUUUGUGUGAAUGUAAAAUAUCAUACUUUUAUAACUUAAAUAUUUUGGGACUAGUUUCGUAAGAGAACCGGAUUUUUCCGUUACAAUUUAUGGUGUACGAAAAAGGGUUUGUAAAGGGAAAAAGUAGCACAGCAAUAAGUAAUAUGAAAUUACUUAAUAAUAAAUAGAUGAAAUUUGAGCAAACCAAAACA